GUCAACUAGCUAAGAAGCAAUGAAUGUCACAUUGAAAUUUUUGCUAAAAGUGAAGUGUGAUGAUUUACAGUAUGAAAAUGAUGCUUCAAAAAAUUUUCAAGGUUCUUUGUCUCACUGUUGGGGGCAAAAUAAGGUUUAUAUGACCAAAAAAAAAAAAUUAAAAAUGCCUGAAAGUCACAUAGUGAUUGACACAAAAAUUCAAAGCAUCUCACAGGCGGGGAUAAAGGUGUUAGGAUGACUUUUGACCUGAGGUAGCCUGCAGGCCGGUGGAAUUCAGGGGUCUGAGGCUCCCAUAGGGAUGACCCAGCAGUUUCGGCACGUGGUCCUUUUCCCAUGACAUUGUGUGUAGCUUUCAGAUUUCUGUAAUUUUUGCAAAAUCUCUGGAGAGUUUUCUGUAGGACAGCAAUACAUGUAAGUACCUAAAACAGAACCAAAUCUGAACAGAGCCUGAUCUGUUUGAAAGGUUACAUUUUGCUGAAGACUACUGACCUUGAUUUCUACAAGCUUUAAACUGUGUGAUUAGGGAGGUGGGAGAUGGUGGUGGGAGGUGAGGGAAGGGAAGAAUCACGUAGCAUGCCCCCUCCCCCGCCAUGGAUUUACCUCUGGCAUUUAUUUAAAAAGGAGUAGGGCUUUUUCAGUGCUGUCUUUACUCUAAAUCUGAUGCAGGCAGGUGGGGAGCCUAAGGUGGCUAAGGAUUGACUUUCUCCGUCAGGGCUGGGAGUGUCUGUACUCUGUCCUUCACUCUGCAGACUAGGCUGAUCCUGAAAGUGAAUUAGGAAGUGAGUUUCAAAGCCUCUCCAUCUUGGACCUCUGGGAACACAUCUAGGAGGGUAGGCCUGGGGUUAAGGUUGUGAACAAAUCUCAUAAAUGUGACGUGUGGAGUGGAGGCAUAAGAUUUAGCUUCCCUGAGGACUGGGCACCAAGGUAUGGAUGAAGGCAGGUCAUGCUGUGAACUCCCGGAGUCUUUACAAGGGACUGCAGUUCAGAGGGUGAAGGGAGGAAGGAGGGAGGAGGUUGCUGGGUCCCCUUUCCACCUCAUGUGACACUGAAAUGCUCACAUUCAAUCCCUUCUGCUGUCCCCCUCCCCCAUUCAAACAUAUCACUGCUCACCCAUGCCUAAUGCUCCCCAGUUUCCUGUUUGUUGGUAAUAGGACUUUUCUCCUUUGGAAUCACUAAUGAUAAUUUUUUUAUAUUCCAAAAAUGAUGAUAAAAGUAACACAAUGAUUAUUGUUAAUCCCUUUCCUCCCUUACUGAUUAAACAUUAAUAGUGACUUCAAUGAGGAAACUCAUUAAUAAGACACACCCACAAGCAUCUUUCCAAGGCCUCAUCUGAAUGUUCCAACAGCAAAUAAAUACCUUGGUGAUAGCAGGAGAACCACUCCAUAAUGCAGACACCCUGUGGGUGGAAGACAAGCGAUGGGUAGCAUUUGGGAAGCCAAUAAUGAUCUUGUUUUUUUUUUAUUUUAAUAUUCCAAUCACUGGAUGAAGUAGGUGCUCAAGAAAUGUUGAACAAAUGACUGUGCAUUCCAUUCCCUCCCUGUUAGCACUUACUUUCUUCCCCAAAUUUGCCCUCCCCCAAACACUGUCCCUAAUAAAUAAUCCAGCUGCAAUUACUUUCAGCCACGUUCUAUCAGAAGAAUUUGAGUAUGUGGGACUACUUAAAAAUAUCUUGACUCAUGCUGUCAAAUAAAGCCCACGUAUUAUUGAAUAUGAUGCAUACAUUAAAAGAAUGAGGUAAUGACUGUCUGAAGGACCUAACUUUGUGGGUAGCAAUAUUCUGAUUAGUAAAAAGGAACUUCUCGGAAACACCAGCUUUUGCCCACUCACACACACAACUUCCCUCCUUCUGACAUUUGGAAAAAAUAACUUUCUCUGUCUUUGAACUCAAAACACUGAUUAUCAUAGUUGUGUGGGAAUUUAGAAACCAUAUAAUCCAAUUCUCUCAUUUAAUAAAUAAGGAUAUUAAGAUUGGAGUAGCUUAAUAAUUAACUCAAGAUCUCACUUCUAGUUAGAAUUACUAGAGCCAAAGGACAAUGACCAGUAUCUCAGACUGGUGACACUUCUCCCACAGGGUACUGAGUAUUUUUGAGGGAUAUCAGGGAUGAAUAUUCACCAGAUCUAUGGAAGCAACCUAUUAUGGUUAUUAGGAGUAGGCACAAAUAAAAGAGAAUGAAUGAAAUAGAACUAUUUAUAUAUAAUAACUUGGAAACACCUCCAGAGACUAUUGAAUGAAGAAAGCAGCUGCAAAACAGUGCACAGGGUAGGAAUCCAUUUAUGUGAAUAAAAAUGGGGAGAGCAGAUUUUCUCCAGACGAGGUAUGGAAGGUUGGAUUCCUCCCAGAAAAGAGUGCCAGGGACCUAAGAGUGGGGAUGAUGGCCAAAGGAAAGUUUGCCCUCAUCUGCAUUGUUUGAAUAUUUGCAAGGAGAAUCCAUGUAUUAAUUGUUUAAGAAUUAAUUUCAAAGAGCAAAAUAUUAUAUAUUUUAUUUCACUCCAUGUUACUCCAAUCAAUGUUCUUACCUCUGUGGAUCAUACUUAGUCUUUUGUCUUUUUUUUUUUUAAUUUAAAUUUUUGUAUUUGUAGCCUUUUGUCUUCAUUUAGUAGAAUGUCUUGACUCAUCUCAUGGAGCCCUAGGGGUCAUGGUCAGACAUAAAUGGAAAGGAGAGGGAGAGAGUGUUUGGGGCUUAUUUUUUCAAAAACUGUUUAUUGCCCUCUCCUUCGCAUUGAUUGCCAUUUUAUACAUUGAACAUAAUAGUAAUGAAAAUGAUAAUACUUGAAUGUGUAAAUAUUAUUACUAAAAGUGUCAACAACUAAGCUCUUCUGAGCACUACUUCUACCCAGAGGGGCUCCUAAGUGCCUUCAUGCAUAUCCUUCUCAUCUAAUCUCAUGAGCACUCAGUGAGGUGAGUACUGUUAUUAUCCCCAUGGAAGAGAUGAAAAACUGAGAGUCCUCAUAAAACCAAGAAACCUUGUGGCCUUGUGACUGGCAGGUGGAGGACCCUGGAUUUGAACCGAGGCAGUUUGACUGCAGAGUCUGUGCCUGGGCUUGGGGAUGGGUAAUUCUUAUUGAAACACUGACCAGCAGUGUCUGUUGGAGGAAAGUACAGGUUGGAAAACAGGAUUUGGUCCAAACCAGAAAUCUCAGGACUUCUGAGAAUCUUUUUAUCCGAGCACCUUCCCAUUUGCUUCUUCCCUGGGCUCCUCUGAGCCUUUUCACUUAAGAUUUCAAUUGCCCUAGGUUACUAAGUCAAGCACAUAAUUCUAUCAGGCAAUGUGUAGCGAAGGGGAAAAUAUUCUCCUCUGGAGAGUGAAACCCCAUCUACUGUCAUGACAAGCCUAGCAACAAUUUCUCAGUUACCAGUUUAUUUUAUUUAAAACAAGCACAGUAAAUCAAAACAGCAAAUGUCUUUUAAAUGGGAUAAGGGUUGGUCUGCCUGGAGCCAGUGAAUAAUUCCUUUUCUAAUAUUUGAUUUGGAUGUCUGUGUUAUUCCUUAAAGGUAUUGAAAGAAUAAAGCGGCAAAUUUUGAAAUUAUUUUUAUAGCUUAUAUAGGCAGGUAGUUUUCAAGAAACUGAUCAUCUUAUGCUAAAUAACACCUUUCUCCCUGAUUCCCACCUCUGUCCAAAUUUCAGGAAUUUAUUUUACUAUUCCUCUUUUCAUGACCAAAGCAUCUCUGAUUCAUCACUGAAAGUUUGAGUAAGAAGACAGAAACUGUUAAGUAUAUACAUGUAUGCUUAGGUAUUUAUGUAUAUUAUACAUGUAUAUUUAUUUAUAUAUUCAUUUCUGUAAGUUUAUCUGUUGAUAAAAGAAAAAUUCUGAGAUAUCCUAAUUUUAAUCACAAGGGCUGGAGAAGGGAAGAGAGAAGGCAUAAGGGAAGUUAACCAGUUAACAGCUAUGGGGCAAACCACCAAAGUAUAGUUCCAUAUUCCCAAAUGUAGUUUGCACCCUUGACUUAUAUCUCCAGGCAUCAUCCACCAGGCUCCCCUGGUCAGGCUUAUCAAUGGACCUUCUGAUCUCUUAACCCCAAACAGUCUUUAAGAAAGAAACACGUCUCCUUAAGAACUGUCCCUUUCUUCUCAUUAUCCCAACCCUCUUAUCUAUAGCCAAAGUAGUCUCGAUAUAGACAAUUUAUACUUUCCUCCUCCACAUAUUCAUUAUGGAAACAUUGCUGGUUCUUAGGUCAGGCAGACAUAUUCCUAACCACUAUCCAGCCCUGCUGCUGACUGCUGCAGCACUUGUUCCAGAAUCAAGUCCUUUUCUUGCUAGCAUCUGUAAACAGCUCAAUAAAUCCUUUUGUUUCAGAGAACUCUCCAUCUUAAGAGUUUAGUUAAAUUAUCUAUCUAUCUAUCUAUCUAUCUAUCUAUCUAUACAUAUAUACAUAUAUACACACACAUAUAUAUAUCUUUAAUUGGGAAAUUUUGCAUAAUUUGGGAGCCAUUUGAUAAAGUGUAUCUAUAUGUAUAUCUAUCUAUAUAUAUGUGUGUAUAUACAUACAUAUAUAUAUGUAUAUACACAUAUAUAUACAUGUGUAUGUGUAUGUAGACACACACAGUCAUGCAUUGCUUAUGAGGGGGACAUGUUCUAAGAUAUGCUUGGUUAGGUAACCUGUCUGUCAUUGUGGAAACAGCAUACAGUAUCCUUAUACAACUAAGGUUGCUAUGACAUUACUAGGCAAUAAGAGUUUUUCAGCUGCAGUAAAAUCUUAUGGAGCUGCCAUUGUACACAUGGUCCAUGGUUGACUGAAAUGUUCAGUAAACGUGUAUAUGAUGUGCACACACAUAUAUGUGUGUUUGCAUUUUGCUCUAAUUGGAAAAAAUUUUUUUUGCUUUAACUUGGGAGCUAUUUGAUGAGCUGUUCUACAAUGCUUCUCCUGCCCCCCAGACAAUCACAUUUUUGCCUAGUGUGCUGAACUGAUUUUUUUUUCACUCCUGCUGACUCCUGCCUAGAGAAACCACCAGUAGUUUCAAAAUUGCACUAAUAUUUCCAAAUAUCUUGUUAAUAUUUUCCUUUUUGAGAGAACAACUCUGCUUUCUCCUUUUUUCUACCAUGUGGUGUAGCACAUGUGUGCAUCAAAGAUGAAGCUGAAAUGUGUCUCUCUCUUUUUUUUCUUAGCUCCUCUAUUUCUACACUUGCAAAUAUAGUAAGUGGGUCUCUUUCCCUGAGUGCCUGCUCGGUGCUCACUCUGUGCCUGGGCCCCAAGAUAGGAGGGUGAUUUAGCAGAUGUGAGCCCCACCAUCAUGGAGUUUCUGGCACACCCUGCCAGCCUGCAGGACUCUCGGCUCUGCUGAGCUCCCUGGUUACCAGGACUACAGCACUUCCACAUGGAUGAGGAGUUUUGACAAAUGUGUGGUACCCAUUCCUGCAAACAAAGCCAUUUAUUUUAGGCUGAAGCAUUUGCAGGAAAAUUUAAAUAAUUUAUCUAGAAUGUGUCAAAUUGAAUGCUUUCAUUAAAUCUUCUUGGAUUUCUUCUUUGGAACAUUUAUAAACUGAAAGCCUUAUUAUCUUAAGUUUCUCAACUUACUCUCUGCCUUUGACUGCAAACAAGAUGUAUGGACUAAACAUUCUAAGCCUGAGAGAAAUGUCUUAGGUCAUCACUGAAGUGAGUAAGGGCCCCAAGUGUCCUUUACUCAAUACUGAAUGUUUGGGACAAAGAAGAGGUUUUUUUUUGUUGUUGUUGUUUUUGUUUUUUUUGUUUUUUUUUUUUGAGCCACAGCCACUGCUAAAUGGUGCCCAUUAUAUUAUGAGUCAAGGACCUGGAGAAAUCCCCAAACCCAUUCUUUUCCAAAAUAACGUAUUUCAUGAAAAUACGUGUUCCUGAAAAUCCCAAUAAAAAAAAAAUAGAAUCCUCUUGGAAGGAAGGCCAAUCGAUCCAGGAGGACCAGCCCCAAACUUGUGCUUGCAUUGGCUUUUAGUAGGAUUCCUCUGUUUGGGGACUGGCCAGCACAGGUGACCUAGGGAUGAGACAAUGCCCUUGAUAGUCAGAACUUCAGAGGGGGAAGGAAGGAAAGGGAGAAGUGCUGGGCAGCCUUCUCCUGGAAAGUUCUGGAAAGUCAAGGCCUAAGGGAACUCUCUCUAAACAUGGAGGGGACAUGUUAUCUACUUUAUUCUGCAGAGGGUCAGCUCCUGUUUACCUCUAAGCAAUUUAUGACAUAUUUCAAAGUACAAAUACAACUUUUUCCCUUAAGAGUCUUGAUGAAUGUUUCUGCAUGUGACCAGGGUUUAAUGUGGCAAGGAUAUUUUGAAGGUGUCUCAUCCUCAUUGGGGCCCUCAGGACUGGCUGCACUUCAUGUCCCCUUCUCCCAGUGCACUGACCUACCAUCCCAGAAGGGCCCCUGCCAGAGCAUAUUGUGCUGGGCGGUCACGGGUGGCAGAAACUGCUGGCCUCUCUUUCGAUAACCCACAGGACACAUUUGCACCUCCAGCACUUUCCGCACAAAGCGGUGCGUAUAGCAACCCCCAUGUGUGGUUCAGAAGCCGUUGGCUACGCUGCUUUAUAAUUCAUCUUUCUCUUCGGCUUCUGGAGAGUCCAGUGAGAGACCAAGACCCUCCUGCUGUCUGUUCGCAUGUAGUUAUUAUGGUGGGAGAAUUGAAUGACAUUGAAAAUCCUGGAAAUGAGGAGAAGCAAACUAAAACAGCAAGCACCAAGCACAUGAAGGGAGAGACGAGUUCUUUAGGAGCAAUUUUGAUCUACCUCAUGGGCCCAAGAUUUUUGAUUUAUGUAAGCUGUGCCUUAUCGAUAUGGGGAGAUCGAAUGUGGCACUUUGCCAUGUCUGUGUUCCUGAUAGAAUUAUAUGGACAUAAUCUUCUUCUAACAGCAGUGUUUGGCUUAGUGGUGGCUGGAUCUGUACUAAUAUUUGGGGUCUUAAUUGGUGACUGGAUUGACAGGAAGCCAAGAAAUAAAGUUGCUCACGCCUCGCUCUUCAUUCAGAAUGCCUCUGUCACCGCCUGCUGUGUGCUCCUCAUGCUCCUGUUCUCCUACCGAAGGGAGAUGGAACAAAUCUGGCACGGCUGGUUCACUGUGGCCUGCUACACAGUGCUGAUCACCCUGGCAGCUGUGGCGAACCUGGCUGGCACAGCGCUGACCAUCACCAUUCAGAGGGACUGGAUCGUGAGCCUCACAGGUGGCAACGGAAGCCAGCUGGCUGGGAUGAAUGCAGCAGUCCGGCGGCUGGACCAGAUCAUCAAUAUAUUUGCUCCCCUGUCUGUGGGCCAGGUGAUGACAUGGGCAUCUCAUGUGAUCGGUUGUGGUUUCAUUCUUGGAUGGAACUUGGUUUCACUUCUUGUAGAGUUUCUAUUUCUGUCUAGGGUUUAUCAUCUAGUUCCCCAAUUGGCUGUAAAACCCCAGCAACAAACAGGGAAGCCCUUCCUAGAAAAGCGACAGGAGGCUGUGAAUGUUCAAGGUGAAAUGGACUCUUGGGAAACCACUGAUGGAUUUAUCAACAAGCCUGGAACUUCAAAAGAACCAAAAGAUUGCAAGUCUCACCUUGAAGAAGAACAGGUCACAACUAAAAGAUUUCUUCUUUGCCUUCGAAACACUCAGAGGCUGCUGCACACGUGCAGGGAGGGCUGGGAAACCUACUGCCGGCAGACCAUCUUCCUGCCUGGCCUGGGCCUGGCCUUCCUCUACAUGACCGUGCUGGGGUUUGACUGCAUCACCACAGGCUAUGCCUACACCCAAGGCAUCGGAGGGUCCCUGCUCAGCAUCCUCACGGCCCUUUCGGCUUUAUCUGGCCUGAUGGGUACAAUUCUCUUCACCUGGCUCCGGGGGCAUUAUGGCUUGGUCACCACGGGAGUCAUAUCCAGCUGGCUCCACGUAGGUUGUCUAACGCUCUGCGUGUUUUCUGUCUUCGCUCCUGGAAGUCCCUUUGACACGGCUGUUUCCUCACUUCCAUUGAGCAAGAACUCUUCUUCAAGUCCCGAGUUACUAAAAGAUGACCAAGAGCACAUUUACCCUUUUGAAAGAAACCUGAACCAACCCAUCCUCCCGGACCGUUCUUCCAUUCAUUGGACCAACAGCACUGUUCUGUUCGACGGGCGGCAGGACCCUGAGCAGCCAGAGUCUUACGUCUCCAUUAUCUUGCUCUUCUCUGGCGUGAUCCUGGCCAGAAUUGGGCUCUGGUCCUUUGACCUCACUGUGACCCAGCUUCUCCAGGAGAACAUUCCGGAAGCAGAGCGAGGGGCCGUCAACGGUGUGCAGUGCUCCCUGAACUAUCUUAUGGACCUCAUCCACUUCAUCCUCGUCAUGCUGGCCCCGCGGCCACAGCAGUUUGGCAUGCUAGUCUUCAUUUCCAUGCUGUUUGUAACCACAGGCCAUGUGCUGUAUUUUUUUUAUGCAAGAAAGUGUAAGAUUGAAAAUUCCCAGGUGAAUGAGACAAUGAAGAAGGGCACUUGGACACCUUUAAGCUGAGAGGUAGGCAGUACUUCCCAGAGCAACUCUGGCCCCAUCUCCACUGAGUGUGUCCACUGACUUCCCUCAUGGCUACCAUGUCUGCCUGUGCCACUGCUACACUCCAGAGCAACAGUGUCAUCACCUCUUGCCAACAGCACCAUCUGCUUACGUGUGUCUUGGCCCUGGUGGUACCAUCAGCGCAGGAAAGGGGGAUGACUCCAAGUCAGAGAUCCGCCCCCCCCGCCCCAGACAACUUGAAGAGGCUUGUUUUAAUUUUGCCAGUAUAGUAACUCAGUGUUUUAUUGUUCUUUGGGAUGUAAAAUGAGUCAGAAUCUUCUGGUCGGUGUUAAAAUUAGAGAGGUGGAGAGUGGUCAGUAAUGUCUGGUUUAAUUCUUCAGUGUGAGUUUACUUUUUUUGUUCUUCUGCUAGUUGGUGACUGUUCUUUGAUUGAGCUGAAUACUCCUAGUGAGGACUGAAGCUUUUAUUGGAGAAACAGAUCAUGAGAAUAAUCUGGGUGUGGCUUAUGGACUCUGCAGCCAGACCACAGAUACAGUGGUCCUUUGGCGAGUGUGGACAAGCUUUGCCUCAUGAACACUCUAAGAACAUGCUUGUUUGUGAUGAGCAAAUGGGGAGUUGCUGGUCACUUAUGAACAAUUAACACUAAAACUAGUUUUAUAUGUUGACUUAAGACUAAUAAUCAAUUAUUAUUUUAUAAGUGCUGUGAUGUGUAAGUUUCACCUGGAAGUGAAAAAUCAGUGGUGCUAGCAAUAAAGUCCCCUUAAGACCCAUGGUCUAGAGAAGCUUUCUAUGUCAUAUUUUGGAAACAGCCAAUAGCAUACUCAGGAACACCUUAGCAGGUAGGUCUUGAAGAAAUGACAUUCUUUUCUUUUCUUUCUUUCUUUCUUAUUUUUAUGUGGUGCUGAGGAUGAGACUCAGUGCCUCACUUAUGAUAGGCAAGUUCUCUACCACUGAGCUUCAACCCUAGCCCCAGAAAUGACAUUUUCUAAGACAGUGAUUCCCAGUUUUGUACUAUGGACACUCUGGGUCAACAUUCUUUGUUGCAGGGGCAGUCCUUUGCAUUGUAGCAUACUUUGUAGCAUCUCUGGUCUCUACCCACUAGAUGCUGGUGGCAUAGCCCCAUCAACCUAGUUGUGACAAUCAAGAGUCUUCAGACACUAACAAAUGUCCCCUAAUUAAGAACCAUUAUUUAAGAGAAAUGUGAAAACUACAGGAGGAAUUCACUUAUUAUUAAAAAUAAAAUGACAGAGGCUGGGAGAGCAGUGGUAGAGCACUCGCCUAGCAUGUGUGAGGGCCUGGAUUUCAUCCUCAGCACUUCACAGAAAGAAACAAAAUGACAAAAAGUCAUUAUUAGUAGCAAUAAAACGACACUCUGGGAUUUUACAUGGAUCUGCUUUUUUAGAGCAAACAGUCAAGUGAAAACAAGGGAAGGAGAGAAUUCUGUGGAACAUUUUGCCUAACAUAGGGUAGUUUCAAAAAAGAGUACUUUAUACAAAUUCUAGUGAUAUUUGUGAUGCCACCUCCUCCAAUCUCUCCCCUUCCAUUACUACUACUACUCUACUAC